AUGACGAACGAUCCAAUUGUCAUGUACAUGCACUACACUGAGGAGUUGGACACUCUUACCUGUGAGCAGGUGGAUUGGGAGCCAUAUGGUAGCUUUUACCGUAUUGGCGCGGCGAUGACUGACCUCAACCCAAAGUGCACGGAGGAGUCAGCUUUCUGGCUGAACAACGCGUAUGAUGAAGACAUCUUGGACGAGCCCAUCGCGUUCGAUGAGGUUGCGCAAAACCAGUACGACAGGAUUGCUCGAGCAGGGAGAUCAACUUCUAUUGCUUCCUCCGUGAACUUUGUGAUUCCUGACGACACCAUUCUUGGUCAAGCCAAGGAGCAAGGCGCACAGUCUGCGUACAUGUUGAAGCAUUGGGGGAAGGCUCCGAACCGUUACACUCCGAAAGACUACGCGAACCGAGGGAAGAAGGCUAUCGUUGAGUCUGACGAGGAGCCGUCGAAGAGGUCAGCUUUGAGGAGGAUGAGGAACGAUGAGCCGUUUUCCUCAGAGGAAGAGGUGGAGGAAGAAGCGUCACCGCCACCACCAUGGAGGAAGCAGCCCGCGAGGAGGGGACGUCGAUCUUAG